CCAUGCAUUUCUUUCUUUUGUCCUUCAACAAAACAUUAAUCUUUGUUUUUUUUUUCUCUAUCAACUAUCAAACAACAAAGGUGAUCAAAGAGCUUAAGAGGAAGAAGAAAGAAGAAGAAAAACAAUUAAGGAUGUAUACAAUGAGGAGUUUCAAGUAUAUUGCAACUAUGAUCAUUAUUCUUCUUGUUUUUCUUCCAAUUGUCAUGAAUGCAAGGCAUAUUCCCAAGAUUAACUCAUAUGAAAGACAUAUGGUCAUGUCACCAACUAAAAAGACAACAUUGGCAAGGGGAAUAAUGGCAAAAAGAGCAGAUACAUUACAAGUAGCAGGAUCAAGAUUACCAGAUUGUUCUCAUGCAUGUGGAUCAUGUAAACCUUGUAGAUUAGUGAUGGUUAGUUUUGUUUGUUCAUCAUUAGAAGAAGCUGAGACUUGUCCUGUUGCUUACAAAUGUAUGUGUCAUAACAAGUCAUACCCUGUACCUUAAUUAAUCAUUAGUUUUAAAAAAAUAACUAUAUGUUAUGUUAUCAAUUUUCCAAACAAAUAUCAUAUGUAACAUAUAGUACUUCUUAAUUUCCUCUAAUUCCCUAGUGUAGGGUCUAAUUAGUAGGAUCAUUUCUCAUAUGUAUUCAA